CCCAUUUCCACCCGGAAUCCCUAGCCGCCGCCGCCAUCCGAUUUUACCCCACCUGCUUCUGCUCGGUGCUGCUCCUCGCUAGAUCUAUCUGCCAGCUGAGGCAAUGGCGGCCGCACCAACCGGCGUUGAGGUUCCGAAGCCCUUGAGCGCCCCUGUUCUUCCGUCCAUGGCGGCCGCGCCGACCCGCGUUGAGGUUCCGACGCGCUUGGCCGCCCCUGUUCCUCCGUCCAUGGCGGCCGCCGGCUGGUCCUCGCUCCCGACCGACCUCGUGCGCCGCAUCGCCGACUGCCUCCUCGACACCAACGACGUCGACUGCUAUGUGGACCUCCGCGCCGUCUGCCACAACUGGCGGUCCGCCACCGAAGACCCUAGGACCGACGCGUCCGACCCCCGCUUCUACCCGCGCUUCUGGAUAGUCCUCGACGACGACGGGGCCUUCCAGAGCGACGGCUGCCGGGUCUUGGUGAACACCGCCACCGGCCGCUUCCUCCGCAAGCAGCUCCCGCUGCCCCGCCACUACUACGUGGUCACCACCACUGUCAACGGCUUCUUCGUCCUGGCCGACAGGAGCCCACCUCACGCCGCUCGCGUCCUCAACCCUCUCACAGGCGCCGUGGUCGUUUUCAAGGCGCCCAUGCCCCGGGACGCGUCCGUUGCCGUUUUCUUCUCCUGUGGCGGCACUGCGCACAAUCUCACCGUGCUCUGCGACUCAACUCGUAAGUAUUACACGGCUGUUCCGGACAGGGAAAGUUUCGUCGCCGGGGACAUCGACGAUGUUUUUUACCAUUAUAUGAGGAAGGUGGUGGUCGGCAUUGUCUACUCCAAUGGUGCUGGUUGGGUAUCCGUGGCGCAGUCUAAUGUCAUCAUGGAGUAUUUGCUCGAUUUGUCAGAGAAGCUUCAGAUUGAUUUCGUCAAGUUUUUCUCUGUCGACCCUCUUGGAGAUCACAGCGACGUCCGUUGUUUCCUACUGCAUUUUGGUGGGGAAGUCUUUUUCAUCACAAUGGCAUUAGAACGCAUUGCGCUUCUCGGCAUGGAGCCAACGGAGAAACAGGCGCUCACGCCUGUGAAGACCGUGGGCAGGUACGCCAUCUUCAUCGGCCAUCAAAGGUGCCUGGUUGUUGAUGCCGCUAAGUUCCCAUCCGUCGAGGCAGACUGUGUCUACUACACCCAAGACGUUGGUAAAUUUGCUUUCAUCUGGAAGCACAACACCAGAGAUGGGAAAGACGAGAGGGUGUAUGAUGACAUCAAUUUCGUCAAGGAGGACAAGCAGUUUGUCUUCUCCGGCCGCGGUCCUUUCACCAUCAUCCAGCUUCUCUCGAGCUACACCAUCAACCUCAGUAAUUCUGAAUUUGUCUGACAGGAAAUCUCGGAAGGCGCCGACAACUCUACUUUAUCUAGUUUAACUCGCUCCCUUCCACUACAGGUCUUUUGUGUUGCCCUGACUUGUUCCAGGCAGGAAACAAGUUGACUCUAGGAGUGUAGUUUAGAUCACCUGUGCUGGAAUGAACUACUGUAAGCUGCUUAAUUAGCACAUGGUAUCGACCUA